CCCCACCCCGGGGCGGGGGGGCUGUCGUGGAGCUGGAGCGGGACAUUCCCCGUGGUGCCCUCCAGCGACAACCAGGGAGGUUGUCCCACCUCCUGCCCUCCGGUGACAGCCUCCCGGGAGGUCCCCAUUGUCGCGGUUACCAGGAGAUAGAGUCGCGUUCCCCGGGCACAUUCCACAGCUUCCGGGCCUGCUGGGAAGGCCCCGCACCUCCAGUGCAGCUCCAACCAUGGCGUAGGGCCGUACCUCGGGCCAUUCCCGGCUCCAGGGGCCUGUUCCCAGAGCCAAGAUGCCGUCCCUGCCGCAGGACUCGCCCGCCGCGGGAUUGGGGACGGGCUUCCCCAUGGUGAAGGGUGCCCCCUCCAAGCUCCCGGGCUUCUACGUCACCACCUACGAGGCAGCCUUUGGGAAGGGGCCCAGGGGGUCACCCCCAAAGGUGAAGAAGGGGCGCAUUUUGGGGAUUGAGCCCCCCAGUGACAGGAGCAUCCACCCCCUCCUCGGCGUCCACACCGGCUCAGGAUACGUCGUCAACAACUACUCAGAGCUCAGAUCCCUGAUCUGCCCGCACGUGGAGCGCCAGGACACCGACAUUUCCACCACUGCCAAGGACUUCAAGGUCUUCGGGCGCCCGGAGUACCAAAGGAUCCUGCCCGAGCACGUGGAUGAUCCGCAGUGUCAGUAUCCCACUGGCUUCUCCUUUUCCCACCUCCGUUUCGGGGAGGUGAGAGCCCCAAAUACAUCCGGGGAAUACGGCAUCCAGAGGUACUGCGCCACUCCUGCCAAGCCAGAUGUCCCACCGAGGGCGACGGAGCUGUCGGGCGGCACCGGGACCUCCCCGAGGAGUGACCUCACCGUGCCAGAGCAGCCCCACUUACCAGCCUGCCAUGGGCUACCCAGCCCCCUUCGCCCCCCCGGAGCUCCAGGUGGGACCCAAGGGAGUCACUCCUGUGAAGAAGCCGCUGGGGUAUGGCACUAUCCAGAACCAGUACCUGAUCAAGCACUCACAGAUGGCCCCCAUAGCACCAGGCUGGUGGGCACAGACCCCAAUCACCUGGGCCCCGAGAUCUGUGGAGGGCAUCCAGAUCCCGAGUCCCAGUGGCUUCAGCACCAACAACCGCCCCACCAACCUGUGGCGCAUUGAUGACCCCCUGACGUGACCCCCCCCCAAAAAGUGCUGCUGCAU